AUGGCCGCUUCCCUUGAGUCUAUUAUUGUCAACACUUUCGAGCUUCCUAGCAAUGGUAACACUCCUCUUGUUGUCAUCAAUGUCAGCUCCCAACUUCAUCAGAAGCUAACCCCUUCCAAAUUCCCUUCAUGGCGCGCCCAAUUGACAUUAUUACACAUUGACUAUAACCUCCAGGGCUAUCUUAAUGGUACCGAUGUAUGUCCGUCACCAACCUUUUCUACCAGCAUCUCCUUUGCCGAUUCAUCUUCUAUAGGUUCAUCCAAUUCGACCUUUUGGCAUUGGCUCAUGAAAGAUAAGUUGAUCCUUCACGCCAUCCUUGCAUCUGUCUCCAAAAUGCGAGACUCACGCUCGGUCUCAAAGUAUCUUCAUGUUAUCAAGGUUUUAGUUUAUGAACUUGCUAUGAUUGACUCUUCCAUCUCAGUGAAUGACAUUAUUCUUUAUGUCCUCAAUGGUCUCGGUUUUGAAUACCGUGAUACUGCGGCACCUAUUCGGGCACAUGAGACUUCUCUCACGUUUGAACAGCUUCAUGAUAUGCUAAUUGGCCACGAAAGCUACUUGAAACAUGUUGAAGCUUCCAACUCCGCCCUAGUUGCCAUUGCAAACACCACUUAA